CAUCCAGUUUCAUUCAGUGAACAGUUCAGAACUUCAACAUUUAAAGUCAAAUCAACAUUUAAACUUUCAAAAAUGAAAUUCCUUCCAAUCAUUUUGUUCAUUGCUGCAAUCUUUGUUGCUGAAAUCAAAGCCGGUGGCCCAGCAGAACCAAAGGUUUGUGAAGUUGUAGCUCAAGUCAGCUUCGAAUUCACAUCAUUCACUAACAACCUUCUUCGUUUGUACAUCCUCAAUUUACCACGUAGUGAUGAAGUCACUGCUGAUGAUAAAUGUAGCAAAUUGGAUGGUUUAGUCGAUAUUGUCCAGAGAAAUGCUGAAGUUCCUGAAGAAGAUAAGUCAAGUAUUAAAAAUUUGAUCACUUCUGAAGAUGAAUUCGGAGGAAGAGCAUUGGCUGAUCAACUUACACGUGCAAAUAUUUGGGAUUGUCUUGUUGAAAUCUUCACUUCAGGAAUGAAUUCCUAUUUGACUUAUUAA